UUCACACUUUUGUCAAAUUCCCCUCAGACCAUUGGUGAUACUUGCUGGAAGACUGAUGAUUCGUUUGUAUCCAUCUGUUCAUUUCUUCAAGAUCGAGAGCCAUUUGUCUGAAAUGCGGUUCAUUUUGAUGUUGAUCAAUUACUUUUGGGAUCUACCUGUCUGAAUCAAGAGCCAUUUCACUGGCUUCUGGCUGUAGUGGGUUUCAGUACGCAUGCACACAAACUAAGUGAGGGGCAUGAACAUAAUGUGUGGUUGCCUCUAGUCAAGACGCGCGAGACAACUGCGCACAAUGGAUGCUCGGCCGGUCACAUGAAUUUGGAAAGAUAAAUGCGAGCGGGGAAGCCACGAGCGCCUUUACCAUCUCGCGAAGCUAAUCACUAAAUUUUAUUCAUUCAACUUAUGAGCGAUGUAGCAUUCAGGGCGGUUACAAAAAUUCAAAUGCAGCUAAUUUGCGCAAUUGAUUUCAACGUCCAGCAGGCGUGCACACAACUGUUCAUGAUGAUUUGCUCUCAUGCAGAGUGCCAGCGUGCCUUCCUCGUGAUUGCGUGUGAAGUCAUAGUAUAAGCGGAUGCGUGUGUUUCUACGUUCUUGUUGGUAGAUAUCCACAACGUAUAAUGCAUUAUGCAUUAAAAUUUUCUACCGAAAUUUAUAGGUAGAUAAUGAGUGGAAAAACGUUAGAGCUUUCUGUUCAGAUGUUGAGUCGCUCGUGGCUUCGCCACUCGCGUUGGUAGUCUUUGUCGUGCUAGCAGCCGAGGUGCGCGUUGUGUGUCUAAGUAGCCACGCCCGCCUUGAGUCAAGGAUAGGCUGAAGGUGGAAGUGGCAUCGGUCGUUUCAGCUUGCUGCAAAUUCUGACAUCAACGCACGGAUUGAGAAACAUACUGAAUGGUGAGCUGAGCCCACAAGCAGGUUGAGAAAUCCGACGGAGGUUUGAAGGCAAUGAAUCACAACAAGAUUUUCAUGAGUUUUGGAUUAACACUAGUGGGAGUAGUCCUGUGCUACAUUUGUCUAUCAGGCAAGUACCUUCUACCUGCUCGGUUAAGAUGGACUUCCUUUGACUUGAAAAACAUCAUUAAUAGCAACAAGUCUCUGACUGCAGCAUGGAGCUCCAUGAUUGGAAGUGAUACCCACCUCCAUGGUCGUGGUAGUUUAGCUGCGUCUACAGAGGCUUUGAUUUCACAAGAACAAACGAGAGGUGAUUCCUUGACAAGCAUUUAUCCUACUGCACUGUCGGCGAGUGUCUCAAACAUGAAGACGGUGGCUACACUAGGAUUGAGCAGUCCAAGUAUUUCCAGGCGCAUCAUUAACCCCCACGAAUAUAAACUCCUCAUAGCCGAACCUUUUGCCUGCUACAAUGCGGCAGGGAACCCCAAGGAAGUGUUCCUCCUGGUGCUUGUGACCAGCAGUCACGCACACACCGAGCGGCGAACGGCCAUUCGCGAGACCUGGGGAAACCCGCUGGAAGUGAGGGGCAAGCCAGUUGUCACGCUGUUUCUGUUUGGGUACGAUCAGAACGCCACCAUUCAGCGUCAGCUGAAGGAAGAGUCUAGCAAACACCACGAUGUGCUCCAGGAGGAUUUCGAAGACACCUACAGGAACCUGACACUAAAGACCAUCAUGGGGUUGAAGUGGGCCAGCACGCACUGUCCCCACGCCUCGUAUGUCAUGAAGACAGAUGAUGACGUAUACGUCAACAUCGACAAACUCGUCCGGCUCCUUAGCGAGACAUCAACCCCAUCAGCGAACUACGCAGUUGGAAAUCUAUUGAGCCGCAACAUCCCGAUACGGAACCCAAGGAGUAAGAUAUACAUGCCCAAGGAGAUGUUUCCUGAAAGUGUGUUCCCGCCAUACCUCACAGGGUCGGGUUACGUAAUGUCCGCAGAUGUGACAAGGAGGAUUGUUGAAGUGUCAUUAUUCACCAAACUUCUGCCAAUAGAGGAUGUCUUUGUUGGAGUGUGUUUAAAAUGGUUAAAUAUCAAGCCCAUUGGGAACAAAAAUUUUGACUAUAGCUGCCACUGGGGCUCGAGCCCCAGCAGUCGUACCUGCAAUAUGAUAAUUUAUCACCUGCAAAGCUCACGACAAAUGUAUGACAUAUUGAGAAUCUGUGGCCAAGAUUCCAGAGUUGCAACAAGUAACUAAUGCUGUGACUCGAAUCUAUUCGAGUCCCAAUGCGUAUGUUAUAUGCACGGACGUGUAUAAUAAAAUCUGGACUCGCAAUGCCCUUAAUCAGCUUAUAGAGUCA